CGCCACCGUCACCACUAUUAUUUCUUACUGCAUCGACCACCACCACCACCACCACCAUUGCUACUACGACUACUACCGCCAAACGCCGUCCCUUUAAUUCCCUCAGUGUUGCUUCUCACACCGUCGCCCUUCCCUCUUCAUACCAUCAGUAAUAAAAAAGAAUCUACCUUGUUGUCCCCUCCCUUGCGGCCAGCUGCCCUCUGCUAGGUCCUUGUAAACCCCAUAGUCACCUGUUUCUUCACUCUUCCUAAUUCACAUUCAUAAUGGGAAUAAUCGACGAGCUGAACCUGAAGCCCGGCGUAAUCUACGGCCAGGAUGUCCUGAAGGUAUUCCAAUAUGCUAAAAAGAAGGGGUUCGCCCUCCCUGCCGUCAAUGUCACCUCCUCGUCGACUGUCGUCGCCGUGCUCGAGGCCGCCAAGGACUCGAAAUCGCCCGUCAUCAUCCAGGUCUCCAACGGCGGUGCCGCUUACUUUGCCGGCAAGUCCAUCUCCAACACCAACCAGGAGGCGUCGGUGAUCGGCGCCGUCGCCGCCGCCCACUUCGUCCGCUCCAUCGCCCCCGUCUACGGCGUCCCCGUCAUCCUGCACAGCGAUCACUGCGCUAAGAAGCUGCUCCCCUGGCUCGACGGCAUGAUCGACGCCGACGAGGCCUUCUUCAAGGAGCACGGCACCCCGCUGUUCAGCAGCCACAUGAUCGACCUGUCCGAGGAGGACCUCAAGUACAACAUCGAGACGACGAGCAAAUACCUAAAGCGGUCCGAGCCCCUGAGCCUCUGGCUCGAGAUGGAGGUGGGCCUGACGGGCGGCGAGGAGGACGGCGUGAACAACGAAGACGUGGAUAACAACUCCCUCUACACCCAGCCCGAGGACAUCCUGGCCAUCUACGAGGCCCUCAGCCCCAUCUCGAACCUCUUCAGCAUCGCGGCCGGCUUCGGCAACGUCCACGGCGUCUACCAGCCCGGGAACGUUCGCCUGCACCCCGAGCUCCUCGGCAAGCACCAGGCCCACGUGGCCAAGAAGCUGAACGACGGCCAGGACAAGCCCGUCUUCUUCGUCUUCCACGGCGGCUCCGGCUCGAGCAAGGAGGAGUUCCGCGAGGCCAUCUCGCACGGCGUCAUCAAGGUCAACCUCGACACGGACCUGCAGUGGGCCUACCUCGUCGGCCACCGCGACUACAUCCUCAACAACAUCGACUACCUGCGGACCCAGGUCGGCAACCCCGAGGGCCCCCACAAGCCCAACAAGAAGAAGUACGACCCCCGCGUCUGGGUGCGCGAGGGCGAGAAGACGAUGAAGGCCCGUGUCGUCGAGGCCUUCAACGACUUCAAGUCGGCCGGAACCCUAUAGAAAACCUACCCGACUGCUACCUACCUAGGUACCAAAACCGUCUUACGGACAAAGCGCAUUGGCCGGACUCGCGAGGUCUCCGCUCCGGGGGUGUUUGUGUUUGUGUGCGCGUGUGCGUGUUAAUGGGUUAGAUUCUAGGAGAAAAAUAGUUAAAAUAGCAUUGCGAUCCGAUGUCUGGGGGUAUUUUUGCCUCCGGCAUUCGCUCCCCUCUACCACUGCUUUCCCGUCCGUCUUGCCUUGCUUAGAGAGCGCCUAUGUGCGUGUGUAUGCUAUGGUACACUACCCAACCAGGCCAGCCAGCCAGCAGCGGCUAUUCCGUUCUUAUUAUUUGUCGUUGCGUCCCAGGUGUGCUAACAAGGCGCUGUCACGAUGGGUGGAUUCGACGAGGG